AUGCUGAAUGAAUCUUCCUAUUUACUUUCUAAUAUAUCCGUACAGAAAUUUCCACGAAGGCUCCAGCGAAGCUUAAUCGUAAGAUUCUUGUUUAUUUGUAUAAUCGGGGUUUUAGCAUUGCAAUUUAUUCCACAUACAAUCAACAAACACGGCAGUAGCAUUUUUAGCAAUGAAUAUUUAAAGAAAUUGAUCAUCUUGAGAGAUAAUAGCCACAUCAGCAAGACAGUGGCAGAAGACAUCUUUUCUAAAGUUUUAAAUGAGACGAAUUUAUCCAGAGACUGGCUAGAGGAGUAUACAUCCAAGCCUCACUUAGCAGGGACAAAUUAUGAGCUUGCAAGGUGGACGGCUGAAACAUUUGAUAGCUUUGGCUUAGAAGCAGAAAUAAAGACAUAUUAUGCUUAUUUGAACUUUCCUAAAGAGCAUGGCUUACAUUUACUUACUAAUAAUAAAGUGAAGUUCUCGGCAUCAUUGGAAGAAGAUGAAAUAGCAGAGGAUUUGCAGACUAAGAAAGGUAAGACAGUUCCUACAUUUCACGGAUAUUCUGCUAGUGGUAAUGUGACUGGACGAUUCUUUUAUGCCAAUUAUGGCUUUAAAGAAGACUUUCAGAAGUUGGAAGAGUUAGGCGUAGAUAUGAAAGGUAAAAUAGGGAUUGUUAGAUACGGCGGCAUUUAUAGAGGCUUAAAGGUAAAAUUUGCUCAAGAGCACGGUUGUUCUGGCGUAUUGAUCUAUUCAGAUCCCGGUGACGACGGGGAAUUUACUGCAGCCAAUGGAUAUGAACAAUAUCCUAAGGGUCCCGCGAGACAUGAAAGUUCUGUCCAAAGAGGGAGUGUCUUGUAUUUAAGCUAUGGUCCUGGUGAUCCUACGACACCUGGAUAUUCCUCGAACUCGCCUGAUGUUCCAAGGAAAGAUCCUCAUGAUACGAUCCCCAGAAUUCCAAGUUUGCCUGUAAGUUAUCGGGACAUUUUACCUAUUUUGUCACAUCUAAACGGUACUGGUUUAAACUCUAGAACUCUUGGACAAUCUUGGGUUGGAGGAUUAUCUGGUUAUGAUUAUUCUGUUGGCCCAUCGCCCAAACAUCUUACGAUUAACUUGUAUAAUGAUCAGUUCUACAACAUCACUCCAAUUUGGAAUGUAUUUGGAAAAAUCAAAGGUUCAAUUGACAACGAAGUUGUCAUUGUGGGAAAUCAUCGAGAUGCCUGGGCUGGAUCAGCUGGUGAUCCGAACUCAGGAUCAUCAGCCAUGCUAGAAAUUAUAAGAGCUAUGGGUGUUCUACAAGAAAGUGGAUGGAAGCCAUUAAGAACAAUAAUAUUUGCCCUGUUUGAUGCCGAGGAAGUUGGCCUUGUUGGGCUGACUGAAUGGGCGGAAGAUGUGUCUAAAGAACUUCAAAGAGAUGUUGUUGCUUAUUUAAAUUUGGAUAGUGCCGUUAGCGGUACUAACUUAGUUAUGCUGUCGUCUCCUGUUUUAAAUGACAUUUUAAUAUCGGUAGCCAAAGACGUUGAAUAUCCUAAGGGAGGAACACUAUAUGACCAUUUUAUUAAUGGUCCUCUGAGAGGUAAUAUCCUGAUAUUAGGUAGUGGGUCUGAUUAUACUGCCUUUUUGGAGCAUCUAGGUAUACCUUCUUUCGAUAUGUCGUUCGCGUCGGCUAAUGGAAUUGAUCCUGUUUAUCACUACCAUUCAAACUAUGACCUGUUUCAUUGGAUGGAAAAAUUCGUGGAUCCUGAAUUCAAAUACCAUAAUACUAUGAGUAAGUUUCUCGGACUUAUAACGCUAAGAUUGGCUGAUCAUGAAGUCAUAAAAUUUAAUGUCAGUAAUUAUUCAGCUGCAAUUCAAGAUCACUUCAACUCAGCGGUAAAAGGGAUACCAAAAAAGUGGUUCAAAAAGAACAUUACCAUCACUAAUUUUGAUGAUAUUGAAAAUGUUGCGAUAAAUGAAGUAGAAUCACUCUAUUCAGCAACUUCCACAGAUUUCUUUCAAGAAUUUAGUAAUUGGAUACUGUUGUUUUCAAGCUCAGAUAUGGCCAUGAUGAAAAACAAGAAAUAUAUGAAUCACAGAAGCCGCAAGUUUAAGGUUACAUUGGAAUAUCUUGUGAAUUUCACUAACCACACGAUCAACAACUUUCAUGCUCAUGCAGUUAAAUUUGAUGAAGAUUCUAGGGAGUUGCAGCAUGAAUUAGAUAAAGCUGAGUCUUUCUGGAAAAAAAUAAAGCUCUAUGCCAGGCUACUGCUUAGAAAUAGACAAUUGAAAUUCUUGGAGAGAAAUUUCCUUUAUGAUGGUGGUCUCAAUGACAGGUCUUGGUUCAAACAUAUAGUUUAUAGCAGUGGGAGAUACACGGGCUAUGAAGGACAAGCACUACCUGGAUUACAAGAGGCGAUAGAAGAUCGUGAUUUUAAAGAUACAGAGAAAUGGAUAACAAUAUUAUGGAAAGCAAUAACUCGUGUAACUUUCCUGAUUGCCUUAUAA